AAUUUCAAUAGAAAUGGAUCCUCAAGAAGACUGAAGCAGGAAGGAGACCCCGAGUAGCAUAGAGAAUUCCAGUGAAAAUGCAUGAGUAGAGGAUGACCAAAUAGAGCUACAUGAUCAAGAUGAAACCAAGGAUUCCGAGAAUAGUAGUCAAAGUAUGACUGAAACAAAAUUCAAUCUAGCUAAAGCAAGGAAGAAGUUCCUUCCAAAUGAUAUGACCAUAGAAAUAGAACUACUUUUACAGAACCCUAUUGAAAUACAUCAGGUAUCUGGAAUAGGUAUCGAUGUGUCUUCUAUAACAAAAAUCACUAAGUUUUUACAAAAAGAAGGAGUUGGAGAAACUCCUAAUUUCAAUGACAAAAUCAUUCAUAAUCAUGAAAUUCGAUAUGCCAACGGAUAUCUUUAUGACAUAAAGAAAAGAAAGGAACCUAAAUCAGUAACUCUCGAAGAUCCAGGAUGAUACAUAUUCCUUCAAGAUUGUCUUCGGUCUAUGAAAAAUGGUGAAAUUUCUCUAUUCAAAAUUCAGUUUGUAAAUGAGGAAUCAAAUCCCUACUUGAAAGAUCCCCAUUCUUGCAAAUUCUUACCUUCUGAAGUAGCCCAAGCAAUAAAUGAUAAGACCUGUGUCUUUAUGAAGUUCACCGUCAAAUCAAUCCUUAGAGACUGCAAAGAUAUUUCGGCUGCCGAAAUAAAAGAGUUAAGGAAAAACCUUCCCAGAUUUAUAGAUGAAAGAAUAUCCUAUGCUACAGACUGUAAAACUCAUGCCAAGAUUGCUCUAACUGAAAACUCGCUUAAUGAUGCCAUGAAGAUAUAUAGGAAGGGAACUGGAGCAAUCAAAACAAUCUCUCAGGCUAUUCUUAAUAAAAUGAGAGAAGAUGCUAAGUCAAAAGGAGAGGAAGAGGAGCAAAAGUUACAGCUUAAAAUAACCCACAUUAACGAUAUCAUGGUACAGAUGAUGCUAAAUCUAGGAUAUUGCUACUGGAAACAUAAAGAUUGGCCAAAAAUGAAGCUAACAAAUUCUGAUAUUAUCCAUAAUUAUGCUCCUAAGAGCAUCAAAGCUCUUUAUAGAUACUCAAUAGCUUGUAAAGAACUUGACAAUAUUAAAGAAGGGCUGGAAGCAAUGACGACUUUGGUAAAACUCGAGCCAAAGAAUAAGGAUGCACUUAAACUCUACAAAACUUUAAAAACAGCAUCACACUAUAAGAAGAGCAAAUGGAAUAGGAAAAUGGAUGGAUUCUUUGUCAAGCAAGACCACUCUUACCACAGGUUAGAAGAAGAGGAACUUAAGAAGGAUAUUCUAAGAAGAAAGAUAGAAUUUGAGCUGAAUAAUCAGUAGAAAGAAA